GAUAAGAUGAUAACAUGAUAACAUAGUCAUCUUCAUCAGUCUUUUGUCAUCAUGGAUUUAUUCAUUCAACCAACUUCAGCAGCUGAGGAUCUUUUGCAUGCCAAAAUGAUUCUCAGCGUUCAUGUGAUUCAUCGUGGAUACAACAUGUGGUCGCUCAUUGGACUAGGAAGCGCGUUAGGAGUAGGAGCAUGGAAAGCACUACGACCAAACCCAAAGAAUGCCAGCAUCACCUCAAUACACACGAAUCCUUCUCCUCUCGUUCAACGUAUUCUGCGCUACUCUGCUAGAGGAAGUUUAUUUGGACUUGUGUUCGGCGCAGCAGCUGUUACCGGUCAAAUGUGGGGAAGAGGAGCGAUCGAAUGGCAAGAUCGUUCUUGGCGUUUGUUGCAUAAUCAAACACAAAAUCAAACAGAUCAUUGGAGUAUAGCAGGAGCAGCUAUUGGAGCAAUAAGUGCAUAUUCUUAUGCUCAAAGAAAGGCAACUUCAUUGGCUGGAUUAGGAUUAAGCACACGAACGAUCGUAUUGGGAGGUACGGCUACCGGUAGUGCGAUCGCAAUCAUUAGCAUGUUGGCCGUUCGAGCACUUUUACAAUCCGGUACAAACGUCAAAGCCAUGCAAUGAGAAGCAAUAUUCCGAACACUAUAUACCAUUACCAUUCA